AUGAAGGCUCUCAAUUUUCGUUCAAGCAAAGAUUUCAUGCCAACCGAUGAUGAACUUCUUCAAAAAUUUCUCUACAAUAAAAUUAACAACAAACCAAUUCCCGAUCAUCUCAACAUUCUCGAACAUGAUUUAUUCGGUACUAACCAAAAUCCUUUGGAUAUAUGGAACGAAUUUGAAGCUUCGUACUCAUAUGGCGGUAAAGAUCUAUAUUUCUUUACUACCUUAAAGAAGAAAUCCGCUACGAGCACACGCUCCGUUCGCACUAUUGGCAAUGGUAAUUGGGAAGGCGAAGACACCGGAAAAAAUAUAUUUGCCAAAGACACGAACCAACUCCUCGGUUUAAAAAAACGUUUUCGUUUUGAGAAGAGUAACACUCCUCAAGAUGGUGGAUGGAUCUUGCAUGAAUAUAACCUCCACAAAUCUUUGAUUAACAAUACUCCGGUCAACAAUUAUGUGCUAUGCAGAUUUAGAAAGAAUUUGAAACCAGAAUCACAAAGUACACAAGAAAAAUCAAGUAUAGCUGAUCAAUCCAACUCUUAUUUAAGAAAAACUUCAAGAACAAAAAAUUGUUAUGCACAAGAGAGUACAAAGAAGACUGUGAUUGCUAAAAAAGGAGAACCUAUCAUUCUUAAACAAGAAUCUGUAACUCCUAAACAAGUAGAACCAGUCAUAUCGAAACAUAAUGUUUUGGUGAAAAAAUAUACUAUUUAUGAAGAAGCAAUAACUCAAUCAAAUAAUGGUGGAAACAAGAGAAAAUAUGAGGAUAAUAUAGAGUUUGGAUAUAAGGGAAGAAAAAGAAAAUGCAUAAGUACAUGGCUAGAAGAGAAAAGAUUUAUUGAACAAAAAGCUAUCUUUGAAUAUGAGUACAAUAAUCUACUUUUUGGAGAAAAUAUUGCACAAAAUCCAAAAAAUCAAGUUGAUAGUAGAAAUAGCAAAAUUGAGGUGGUUGAAAGAACUAAGAAAAGAGAGUGUAGUUUUAACAAAGAAGAUGACAAUGACAUCAUCAUGAAUAAAGAAGAAGAAGGGGAACAAGAAGAAAUAGAAGAAGAAGAAGAUGAUGAUGAUGAGAUGUCUUGGCCCGAAUUUUUUGCAAAGAAUCUGUUGGAAAUUAAUGGAGGAGAAAAGAUCAUAAAAGAAGACGAUGUUCAAAUGCUUGACAAUAGUUUUCAUAAGGAUUUUUUGUUGGGAAAUAACAUUAUGUAA